UUUUGGCUUUGGUGAGGAAACAGAAGUGCUUGAGUUGAGAAGUGCACAAAUCAUGACGUCACUUAUCCAGCAAAUUGGGAGACUCGCAAUUCGCACUUUCAAAAGAGACUCUCAAGUCCCGGAAGCAGUUUUCAACAGCCGUUAUGAACAGCUUUACAACCUGGUGAACAGAGUUACCCCAGAGGACAUAAAUUUAGAUCACAGGCUGCUGAGUGACCGUGGACAGUUCAAUGCUAGUACUGAUGGAGCCCCAGUUACAUACAUGCAAGUUUAUGAGGAUAGUGAUGUUACCAUCUGUGUAUUUAUUCUUAAACGUGGUGUUCGCCUGCCAUUGCAUGAUCAUCCGGGCAUGUUUGGCAUGUUAAAGGUCAUCCAUGGUUCAGUAUCUGUUCAGAGUUACAGCCACACAAAUACUGAAUCUUUAGAAGAGAAGCUGCAGGAAAUUCUAAAUACAAGGCCUAGUGCUGGAGUUUGCCCAGCCACCAAACAUCAGAAAGUGUUGGUAACAGCAAGUGAUCAAGCUUGUCGUCUUACUCCUAACUCUCAAAAUAUACAUGAAAUACAUUCUGUUGAUGGCCCUGCAGCAUUCCUCGAUAUCCUCUCUCCUCCUUAUGGUACAGAUAAGCGAUUAGGUGUAGAGAGAGACUGUCAUUAUUACCAAGAAGUUGAAUCAUUUAAUGUUCCUUAUUUGUCAGUUGGUAGCUUGACUUUCUUAGUAAGUAUUCCUUCUCCCACAGAUUUUUGGUGUGAUCAGGCUGAAUAUACUGGAUCCAUCAUAGACAGAAAUGCCAUUGAAGAAAAUGGCUCUUAGGAUUAUCUUAGGUGAAAUGAACUAAGUAGUGCUUCAUCAGGAGUACUGUUCUUUCAUAUUUUUUUUAUAGAACUUAUUUUGCUCCUAGGCUGUUGGGUCAAUGUUUUCCUAAUGGUUUCCACUUUUCGUGGAUGAGUGAGAUGGGGUUUAUGAAAUGCUUUUUUUGUAAUGGUCAUAAGUGAUAUUACAAUAUAAAGCUGUUACUUUAAUAUAACAGGACAAGAUUUUAUGGAGAUUUUAUUUAAUGAAGUAUAAUAUGAUCUCAGGAGGCCCUUUUUUUAUAAGUAGUUAUUAAUUGCUAUAUAUGAGAUGCAGUGUGACUGUAAACGCUCUUAAGUAUGGUUGUUAUACUGCAUUCAUUUAUGAUGAAGAGCAUAUCAGUACAUAUGAAACCUAAGGUGGACUGAGUAAUGAUUAUACCAGAUUAUUUUUUGAGAUUUUAAAGUUUUUGAUGCUAUCAUGUUGCUGUUGCCUUAUUGUUUGAUUUCUGUAUAGUUACUGCAGAUACAGUAUUUUACUGUGUUACAUCUCUUCUGUAUGUAUUUUUUUUUUUAAAUCAAAGUACUUACGAGCUGAGAAUGAUAGUUUUUCCUUUUCAUAUAUUUAUAUCACAACUGCAGAGUACAGCACAUACCUACAGUGCUGGUAAAAAUUCCUGUAAAUUUGUCAAGAUUUUUAAAAAAAUGACUAAUACUAUACAUCUUUGUAAAUUCUUCCAGUUUUCCCAUACAGAAAUUUCUAUUUUGAUUUAAUAUGCACCUGUAUUCUCAUGAUUUUCACAUGUGAUAAUGUGAAAAUCAAUGUGAGGCAUCCCAGAUCAAAACCAGGCUAAGCUUCAAAAUUGAAGUUGUUCAUAAAACCCAUUAAUCAUAAUUAGGCUUCUUCUGUGCAAAUUUCUCUAAGCUGCACCCAUUUGAUAGACCUUGAAAGAGGAAAGACCCUUACUACACAUGCUGAGAAAAUGCUUUGCACCCCAGAAAGAUUCUACUGUACCUCAUUUCUUUGUGCAGCUUCACUUCAAGCAGACGUUACCUGUUUUUCUCUCCCAGGAUCACCCCAUUUUCAUUUACUGUGGUGUUUCAUUGAUUUCCAUUCUUGCAUUCACUUCAUUAGUUUUAGUAUAGUCUCUUGUGUUUUCUGUAGUAAUAUGUGAUUUCCUUAUCAGUAUUUUUUUCUCUUGCUUGGCAAAUGGGUUACUUGCCACUUAUUAUAUUGCUGUGAAUACUUUGCUUAAAUUGUCGAUAAAAAAGUUGCUUAUUUUUGUCUUUCUGGGGAUUUCUUGUUGGAGCUUAUUUGAUUUUAUGGGUCUUGAGAUUUCUUCAUUGAUCCUUACGUUAUUCUUUGAAUAUCAAGUUCCAGUAAUUCUUUGUUUUGCUUACGUCACAUUCAGACUUUUUCCAAUAUUCCAACUUGUUUAGUUUUUGUAACCAUGAAUAUGAAUGAUGUUAUUUUUGUACAGUGUUCCUCAUUGUAUGUGACUUUAUGGUGCUAUCAUGAGUUGGCAAAAAAAUUAAUCCUGAAUAAGAACCUAAUCACAUUAAUUGGAUUUUCAUUUGCAAUGUUCUUCAGUGGUUUUCGUUACUGAUGGUAGCUUGAAAUAGCAGGGGAAAAUACCAGUACUGUUAAAUGAUGGAUUCAGGGAUUUUGAUAUUUUUUUAUUAAUUGUUAAACUGUGAGUUUCAUAUAAACUAUCAAACUGUAAGUUUCAUUUUCUGUCACACUGUGAGUUUCAUUUAAAUUGUCACUGUGAGUUUCAUUUACAGGAGUUCAUAUAAAACAUAUAUACGUACUAUAUAUAAAUUUUGCUUUGGAAAUGUGAUAUAGUACUUGAGUUUGAUAUAAUACAAAGGAAGAUUGAGAAUGGAAAAUUGACUGCAGUAACACUUGCAUAUUAUAUAAAAUUUGAUAAAUAUUGCAUAAAUUCAGUAAUUAUUGAAAAUAAUUACUAAUAUUUUUUUAGAUUAUUAAUGUUAGUAGCCAUUAACCAGGUAAGAAAUUAUUAAUGAUAAAGUUUGUGACAGAAUGUGAAAAAAUAAAAUUAUUAUAAUUACUCGUUUAUGUACUACUACGUAGUAUGAAAAUUUGUAAAAAAAAAAAGAAAAAAAAAAGUAAGUCAUUUUUUGGGCUGUGAUUACUUUAAAACUUCUUUAUGUUGUAUUUAAUGCUUUCACUUCUGGAAGGACCAGCAGAAACAUGUGUUGAAUCACUUGUGGAAGCUUCACCUCCACAGUUGUUAUCGCCUCACCUACAUAGUCAUCUCUGUCACUUACAUCUUCAACUUUAUCAUCUACAUCACCAUCUUCAUUGCAUAUAUCAUCAUCAUUGUCACUGUCACUCUCCAGAUUACUGAUACUGUUAAGAUCAGGAAUGCUUACACUCACAGUAGUACAUAAACAGGUUCUUCCAUGAUGUCAUCUUUCAAGGCUCUGCUUUAAAGCACAAAUCAUGCCUGGAUUCCAUAUUUUUUUUCUCUCUUCCCACAAAACCCAGAUACCCAUUUACCAUGACAAUUAUAUUAUGAAGCCAUAAAACUGGGGUGAAAUAUAAUGAAAUAGAAUUCAUUUGCUGACUGAUAGCAUGCAGGAAGGAAUAUUUCUGAAUGCGAUGAGGCUGUGUGUGAGACUUAGAAUGUAAGUCCUCUAGCAGUAUUGCCUCACCACAGUUUGAAACUGUGCUAAAAACAAACCAUAUGUACUGGAUGUUACCUCACUAUUUUUAUGAUAGAUUUUUCAAAUUACAGUAGUAGUAAAUAACUAAAACAACUAUUAUAUACUGAUGUACAAUUAUCAAAAUACCAGCGCUCUUUGUUUUCAUAUUCAGAACAGUUCAUUAGUGAAUACAUUUUUGUACGUUAUGAAUUUACCAGUAUCAAAAUAACUAUGAAAAAUUUUUUUCCAUUAUAUUUUGGAAACCAGAAUAAAAGCUACUUGAAGAAAAAUGAGUGUUACAAUAUCCUUUGGUAGGUAACUGGAAAACUGUUUACUACUUUUAUAUGAAAAUAACAAAAGUUCACUAACCAGAUUCAUCUACAUUGUCCCUAAAUCAACAUUUCUUCAGCCAUAGCAGUCUUUGGCAGUUUCUUAGUAAAAUUUUGUAAUUAGGUACUACAAGCAGUCCCGGUUAUCGGUGGGGGUUCCGUUCCCGGGGGUGUGCUGAUAAGCAAAAAAUGCCAUUAACUGAAAAUCAGUGAUUUAUGAAGCUGAUAACCGGUUCUCGGCGCCAUAAGCACCCUUAUGGUGCGCCAUAAAAAUCCAUAUGGCACCAUAAAGUGCCUUAUUCUGAUAACCGGAAAAAUCUUCUUGUUAUGGCGCCAUAAAUCACCGAUUUUAUGGUGAAAAACUGGAUCGCCGGUAACCGAGUCCGCUGAUAACCGGGAGACUGGCUGUAUAGUACUGAGUAAUGUGCUUUUAUUUAUUUUGAAGAAUUUUUAAGAUAUAGUUGAUGAAGUGAACCAAAAUGUACCACAAAUAAAAAAAAUACCCUUAGUACAUAGUAAUUUAUGUACUCCUUCCAACAACACAGACAUCCCUUCACUGGCUAAUUCAGCCAGGUUUCCAAUAUAAAAACACAAUAAGGGAAUCUUCAAACUAACCAUGUUUCAGUCUAUAAUAAUCUCCUUGUGAACUGGUGAGGUAGUGAAACCCAGACUUACUUUUGUUUUUGGAGCACUUAGUGACCAUAGGAGUAAUGUCUCCUUUUAUUACAUGACACCAUAGCCAGUUAGAGUAAGAUUUGAAAUUAUGAUAUUCAACAUAACUUAAAAAACUCAUGUUGAUGCCAUUUAGCCUGAUUUUGAUGGGAUGCCUCUUCCGUGUUAUAUACACUAUAUAAAGUAGGAAUUCAGAGGGAACCAACAUCAAAUGCAUGUUCUGCCCAACACUUAUGUUGAUUACUGUACUAACAGAGAUAAAGAACAACAAAAACUUGCAGUUCUAAAUUGAAGAUAUACAAAGAUCAGAAAUGAAAAUUCUAAGAAAAAACUGCAAAUGCAAAAGAUAAGUAAAACUGCAAACUCACUUGAACUGUGGACUAGGCAUUGGUUUCAUAGUGAACUAGUAUAUCUUUUCAAACCAAAAAUCACCUAUUAUUUGAAUAAUUAACAAAAUUUAAAAUUCUGAGUGUAUAAGAAAGCAAAGCAAGAAGCAAGUUGGAAAUCCCAAAACACAAUUCACAAAAAUGCAAAACCAAAAGAAUUUAUAUCUGCAAACCAUGACUGAAUAUAGGAAACCCAGAAACAAAAAAGGAUAAAGAAAAGUGGAAAAUCUAAAAGUGUACUUUUAAAUAAGACUUUCAUGACCAUAUGUAUAGAAAAUGAUAAAAUGAAAAGUCCCUAUUCAUAUAGUGCAUUUGCAUCUAGUCAGUUUUCGUCAACAGACCAUGGAUAUGAAGUUACAUUCAUUCUUUGUCAUGAAAAAGCUUUUGAAUCGUGAUUCAGAAGCAACAUUGUGUUAUAACAAUAAAACCACUAGAUGUAGGAAUUUGGUAUAAUUCACAAACAGUGUGAAAGCAUACCAUCUCUUCAAUAUUAUAAUUUUUAAAAAGUAAGUGUGAUCUCUGAACUAUUUGUAAAUUAUAUUGUAUUCUAUUCCUUGAACUUGCUGUUGCAAUGUAUUCAUUACAGUUAGUUAUUGUGCUUCAGACACAUUACAAGGUAUCAGAUGCAUACUGUCCUCUACUUGCCAUUGGGUUACAUUCCUAAAGAUCUGUUGUAAGCCAGGUGCAAGUUGGUGGAGCUACUUUGAAUGUACCUUACAGGUAUGCAUUUGUGCUGUACUUUAUUUACUGAACUUUUUACGAAUACACUUCUUAUGAAUACAUGCAGUAUCUCAGUUUUAUUUAACCUGUGUUAUUUCAUCAUUACACUUAAUGCGUAUUCACUCAUCUUUUAUGUACAUAUUAUUUACAUGCUACAGUAUACAUCAAGUCUUAUUACAUCUGACAGAGUUGGUUAGAUUAUAAUGUUUUCACCAAUGUCUGUACAGUAUGUGUUAAUAAAAUAAUUUGGGACUGGAUGAAACAAAUGUGUAUGAAUCCAGGUGAACAUAUAUUAUUUAUUUAGUGAUUCCCUCCAGAUGAUAAUUUAUUUAGUGAUUCCCUCCAGAUGAUUAGUUUCAGUACAAAUUAUUGAAAUUUUUUCAUUUGCUAAGGUCAAAACCUCCCCAGUUAUAAUGAAUAUUGAUACGUACAACAUAUACAGUACAAGUGAAACCUGGCUCUCCAGCACCAUAGGUAUGCUCUCUACUGAUUGCUCUUGUUUAUACUACAUAUGUAGUAUGUAUGUAUAUCCAUUCUCUUUGGUUGCCUAUGUAAAUUAAUUGUUUUCUCAUGAAUUACUGCAAUUGUUAAGUACACAGAGGUCUACAGUAUUUUGCAGUUGGUCCUUAUUAUUUAUGAGGAUUAGGUUCACAGUCCCCUGAGAUUUGCCAAACCUCAAGAAUGCCUGCCACAGCUUUGUAACCAUAUACGUAGUAGUUUUUAAGAACAGUCUGUGCCACUGCAAUUAGUGUCCCUAAAUACCCAUUGACGUACUUAAAAUUAUUAAUUCAUCUGUAAAUGAAGCACAAAGAAUGAAAUAUACUUCAAAAAUAACAUAUCAACACCAAAAAAAAAGUUGCGGAAGCACUUACCCUUUUCAACUAUAAGCAACCAUUAGCAACUAAGCAGUCUGGUAAUUUCCUCCAUACUUUUAUUAUUCUAAGAGUAUCAAAUAACUUCAGUACACCAUAGAUAGUAUACGUAUAUAAGUACACGUAGUGUCACCUCAGUCAAUUAAAAAUUACCUAUCAUGAAGAAAGUUCAACAUGAUUUAUAUGUAAUUUAUUAUCUGUUAUUACUUUUUACAUUACAGUAUUUGUGUUUUCAAUUGAGUGGAUGGGCAACAUGUGCAUGCACUUAUAGGCAGAAUAGAAAAAAAAAAGAGAGAACAUUAAAACAUUUCAUCCCUGUCUAGGACACUUGAGAUUUCUGUAUUGCAUUGCUGAAACUUGGUUUGCUAUUAAGAAUGAUAAUGAUACAUCAAUAAGAGCGGUGGUCAUCCUUCAUGUUGAUAUAAAGACUUUUAACUCAUUACCACCGCUUCUAGCCUUAUAGAUUCAUGAUCAGAGAUGUUUUCACCUUAGUGUCUUGCCUUUAUGUUUAACAUGUGUCUAGUAGGCAACUGUGCAUGCAUGAAAUUCCAUUUACCAACAGCAAACAUUUAUGUCAGUGCUGAAGGCAUACACUUAGCUUUAACUUUGCAAAUGCAUGGAAGUAUGGCCAACUUGGAUGCAUGAAUACAUAUUUUUUUAUUUUUGAGUUUUUCUUGUCUGCUGUCACUUUUAAGCUCUCUCUCUCUCUCUCUCUCUCUCUCUCUCUCUCUCUCUCUCUCUCUCUCUCUCUCUCUCU